AUGUGGAAAUCAGUUGUUCACCAUUUGUUCAGAAAUCAAUCUUCAUCAGCUUCUGAAAAUGUCAUAAAUACUUUUAAGGAUAUUAAUUCAUAUCGUAUAACUCUUUCUAAUCCUAAAACCAGGUAUUUACCAGUAAACUUAUGUAUGAAUAAUUAAAUAUGCAUUGGUUUACUUUUAUUAUUAAUAAGUGUAGAGUACAUAAAAUAAAAUCCAUGUACAAUAACAUUAAAAUUAUAAAAUAGUUCAUUAGUUAUAAGUGGUUAUUACAAUGCAUGUUUAAUAAGAAAUAAUACAGAACAAUUAACAUCUAAUCAAAUCAAAUCAGUUUUUUGAAACUUCAAUUGAAUUUCAUUACCACAAAUAAUGAAUAAAAAAAAAUCUAGUAUAAUGAACUAUAAUCACUAUUUAUCUUUUUCAUACUAUAUUUAUAUUAAUUUAAAUGGUUGAAUAUUAUAGGAAUAUACUGUCUAUUGAUAUACUUCAAAGUUUAAUUGAAGAAAUAAAAAAUGCUGGAAAUGAUUUGUCUUUAAAGAGUAUUGUGCUAUGCAGUAACGGAUCAGUUUUUUCUGCAGGGCAUGACCUUAAUGAACUUGUAAGUUUUAUAUAUUUAUACUGUAUUUAAACUAAUUUAUUGGAUAAAAAAAAAAUAAAUUAAAUAAAAAAAAAAUAAAUUAAAUAAAAAAAAAGUUAACACUUUCGUAUUAGAGACUGGUGUAACACUGUUAUAAGAGAAUUUAAGAGGGUGGAAUAUAUAAAGUUAUUUAAUUUAUAUCUGUAUGCAACAAUCAACCAUUAUUAACAAAAAAUAAUUUGAGCAAAGUUCGGUUAUAUAUGUGUUGGAAUACUGUAAUUUUUACAAUUUCUGUUAAAAUUUAAUCAUAAAACAGUUAUAAAAAAAUGACUACAUUAUACUUAAUCUAUAAUUAUUUUUUUUUACUGUUAUGUACAAUUUAUAAUGAACAUAGUAUUAUCAUUGCGUUCAAAUAUAAAUUAUUUAAACAUGUAUCUUACUUUUCCAAGUUAUUUUCAACUUUAUUAAAAUAAAUGUCUAUAUAGCAAUAUCUAUGCAGUUCUUUGAUAUUUUUCAUAUAAAAAUAGAUUAUUUUAUUUAUAUGUUUAUAACAUUAGACAAUUCAGGAAAAACAGAAAAAAGUAUUCUCUUUGGCUACCAAACUUAUGAACACAAUGAUAGAUUGUCCUAUACCUAUUAUAGCAUGUGUUGAUGGUAUAGCUGCAGCAUCUGGUUGUCAAUUAGUAGCAGCUUCAGACAUAGCACUUUGCACAACUCGUAGUUCUUUUUCAACUCCUGGGUUUGUAUAAUAUUAGUGAAUUAAUUUGUAUUUAUUUAAAUCUAAAAUACCAAACUAACAAUAAUUUAUAAAAAGAAAAAUAUUAAUUUGUUUUAGAUAUAUUAACCUACAAAACUCAAAAAAGUAAACAUUCAAUUAGCAUAUAAAUAAAUAUAGGUCUUUUAAAUUUAAUGUUACAGUAAAAAUGCACAUGACAGAUUUUUGUCAAAAAAUGACUCAUGUAAUAUCUUUUUGGAAUCGUUACAAAAUUUUACAUUGUGCUUCUUUAGUUUAAACUUAUUUUUGAUGGUAAAACUAUUUUUGAUUUUUAAAUAGCUACUUGUAAUAAAAAUGCCAUAAAUACAUAGUUUUAAUUUAAAUAAAUACUAAUGUUGAAACUUUCAAACUUAAUUUCAUCUAUUUAUAUAAUUUUCAACAUAUGUUUCUUAUUGAAAAUCAAAAGUUGGUAAUGGUUUCACUUCAAAAAUAAGAAUGAUGUAAUAUUUUUAAAUCAUAUUAUUUAAAAAUAUUUUUAAAAAAUAAGCAUUUUAAGUGUAAUUUUACUAUAACAUUAAAUUUGGAAGACUACUGUAUUUGAAAUAUAUGUAAUACAAAUACAAUUAAAUAAAUGAAAAAAAAAACAUAGCCUUGAAUCUGGAAUAUCAUAAGUUUUAUUAUUAACAAGGAGGGAGUUGUAAAUUAAAAAUGAGUGGCAUUAUAAUUUUAUUAUAAUAUUAUAUGUGUAAUUUAUAACUAAUAUAUCACAAACAAAUUUUGUUUGGUGUUUGAACCUACUACCCACCAAACUCUCCCCCCUCUUCUCAGUUACGGCAUUGAUUAUUAAUUAUAAUUUAUUACUUUUAGUGUAAAUCUCGGUUUGUUUUGCUCUACUCCAGGAAUUCCUUUGAGUAGAGUCAUGUCAAAAAAAACAGUUUCUUAUAUGUUAUUUACUGGAAUAUCCAUUAAUGCCGAAGAAGCUCUUAGAACGGGCCUUGUUAGUAAGGUUGUUCAACCCGAAAAAUUAGGUAAGUUUAUCAUAAAGUUUAAACAAAUUUAGCUUAAUUUUAUUAUUACACUAUUUUUAAGACGAUGAAAUUACCAAAUUAACUUCAAUGAUUGGUCAAAAAAGUCGCGAUGUAAUUACUUUAGGAAAGCAAUUUUUUUAUAAACAAAUAGAUGAUAAUAUUAAAUCAGCUUACAAGUAAAUAUUAAAAAAGGAAAAAAUUGUUCUAGUAAAAAGUACAAUAACUAACAAUCAAUAUUUAAAAAAAAAAAAAAAUGUAUUUACAUUAAUUUCAGAAAUGGGGAAAAAAUAAUGCUGAAAAAUCUGGAACUUGACGAUUGCAAAGAAGGAUUACAAUCUUUCAUUGAAAAAAGAAAACCUAGUUGGUCAAGUUAA